CAAAGUAAAGUCUUGGCAAUGAAUCAAAUUCAAAGUGAUAUCUUUUGGUCUUGUAAAAUCAAGAACGCAAAAGAAUAUAAUAACCAAAUUUGCAGACUAUAUAUUGCAACAUCUAUAUUAAAUGAUGAAAAUAUUAAACAAGAAUUAAUCAUUACUAAUUUAGAUUAUCAUGUAAGUGACAACAAUGAUGUUGAAGAAAAGAUAACUACCAGAUCUUAUAAUCAAAAAAAUCAAAGUCUUGAAGAAAAUAAGAAUCUUGUUAUAGAAAAGAACAAACAUAAAAAAAUCUAA